GCCAGGGUAAGAUGGCUGUGCCCUGUUUUUCGGUGUGAGGCAGUGGCGGCGGCGGCGGCGGCGGGUCAGGGAUUCUGGUUUCGUGGGCACCUGAGCUCUAGUUCCCCGCAGCGAGCGCGCAUCCUUGGUGCCUAGGCGAGAGCCGGCUCUUCGUCUGGGAGACGCGUUUGUCCCGGGCUCGGGGGCGCUCUGGGAGUUCAUGCUGCGCUGGAGGCUCCUGGCCGCCGCUCUAAUCGCCUUGUGCCGCCGCAGCGCCGGUUCCGUCGCUCGCGGUGAGCCUCCCCGAUCCCCUCUUUGCCCCUGGGGGCGAUGACCGGGGAGAAGAUCCGCUCACUGCGGAGGGAUCACAAGCCCAGCAAGGAAGAGGGGGACCUGCUGGAGACCGGGGAUGAGGAAGUGGCGGCUGUCCUCGGCGGCACCUUUACCGGAGGCAGGACUGGCACUGGAGGCAGCAGCAACGGAGGCAAAGCCUGUCAUAAGAUCUUCAGUAACCAUCACCACCGGCUGCAGCUGAAGACAGCUCCGGUCUCCUCCAACCCCCCCGGCGCCCCAGCCCUGCCACUGCGCAAUUCCUCCCAGUCCCCGGCUCUUCUAGGGGGCACCAAUCCCAUUGCUCUCGUCGUAGAUGGAGGUUGCCCCGCACACUACCCGGUGCACGAGUGCGUCUUCAAGGGGGAUGUGAGGAGACUGUCCUCUCUCAUCCGCACGCACAAUAUCGGGCAGAAAGAUAAUCACUGAAACACUCCUUUACAUCUUGCUGUGAUGUUAGGAAAUAAAGAAUGUGCCCAUUUACUUUUGGCUCACAAUGCUCCAGUAAAGGUGAAAAAUGCUCAGGGAUGGAGCCUGCUGGCGGAAGCGAUCAGCUAUGGAGAUAGACAGAUGAUUAUAGCUCUUUUAAGGAAGCUUAAGCAGCAAUCCAGGGAAAGUGUUGGAGAAAAACGACCUCGAUUAUUAAAAGCCCUGAAAGAGCUGGGUGACUUUUAUCAAGAACUUCACUGGGAUUUUCAAAGCUGGGUGCCUUUACUUUCCCGAAUUCUGCCUUCUGAUGCAUGUAAAAUUUACAAACAAGGUAUCAAUAUCAGGCUUGACACUACUCUCAUAGACUUUACUGACAUGAAGUGCCAACGAGGGGAUUUAAGCUUCAUUUUCAAUGGGGAUGCAGCACCCUCUGAAUCUUUUGUAGUAUUAGACAAUGAGCAAAAAGUUUAUCAGCGAAUACACCAUGAGGAGUCAGAGAUGGAAACAGAAGAGGUUGACAUUUUAAUGAGUAGUGAUAUUUACUCUGCAACUUUAUCAACCAAAUCAAUUUCUUUCACGCGUGCCCAAACAGGAUGUCUUUUUCGGGAAGAUAAAACAGAAAGAGUAGGAAACUUUUUGGCCGACUUUUAUCUGGUGAAUGGACUUGUUUUAGAAUCAAGAAAAAGAAGAGAACAUCUCAGUGAAGAAGAUAUUCUUCGAAAUAAGGCCAUUAUGGAGAGUUUAAGUAAAGGUGGAAAUAUAAUGGAACAGAACUUUGAGCCAGUUCGAAGAUAGUCCCUUACCCCUCCACCUCAGAACACUAUUACAUGGGAAGAGUAUAUAUCUGCUGAAAAUGGAAAAGCUCCUCAUCUGGGUAGAGAACUAGUGUGCAAAGAGAGUAAGAAAACAUUUAAAGCCACGAUAGCCAUGAGCCAGGAAUUUCCCUUGGGAAUUGAGUUAUUAUUGAAUGUUUUGGAAGUAAUAGCCCCCUUCAAGCACUUUAACAAGCUUAGAGAAUUUGUUCAGAUGAAGCUUCCUCCAGGCUUUCCUGUAAAACUAGAUAUACCCGUGUUUCCUACCAUCACAGCCACUGUGACUUUUCAGGAGUUUCGGUAUGAUGAAUUUGACGGCUCCAUCUUUACUAAUCCCGAUGACUACAAGGAAGACCCAAGCCGUUUUCCUGAUCUGUAACUGACACAGAAAGUGUUGCCGUCUAACCAAGGAAAGCAAGAGAAUGCAGAGACCCCAGAAGUGAAUCCAAAUAGAAGGGACAAUGUUUUCAGGGAAGAAAAGGGAAUUACAUUCUUUCAACACAUCAGUAAUAUGAUAUAAUGCACCUCUAAGAAGAAUUUCAGCAAGUUUCCUGAUGUGCCAUUUAUAGUCUUUUUAAAAAUAUACAUAUUAUAUGCAUAAUCAUUUGACACCUUAAUGAUCCUAAGUACUUCUUAUGUAAAAUAGCUAUGAGUGCUGUGAUUUGUUUUUAAAAAUUUUUACACUUCUUGUUGAAAUAUAUAUGCAUAUAAAUGUAUCUAUAUCUAUAUCUAAAACACUCCUGGACCAUUAACAUAAAUUAAAUGUCUUAUGAAGCCCUUUUAAACUUGUCAUCUUAUAUUCAAGGUGACAUUUAUAACUAUUCCUUCAAGCUUUGUUUUCAUUAAAUGUAAACCAUGUAACAUUAUGUAUAGUUCAGUAAUCUGAAUGUUUGUUCAAUGUAAUGAACUAGAAGGAGUGCAGUUUUCUGUAGAUGAAUGAACCAAAUGGUAACCAUUAAACAGUUGCAUUUAUAUGUUGCAAUACAUUUCAGAAGGAGCGUUCAAACUGCAGGGAAUAAGGUACCUCCCUUAGGACCUUAGUGCAAUUCAUUGUGGUGCUAUUUGUUUUCACCUGAAUCUUUUCUUCAAUGGAAAAUGUUUGUUACUAAUCUUCCUUUCGUACAACCUCUAUUUUUUUUUCCUAAACUUGAGUUUGAAAGUUCUUUUUGUGUUCAUGAUAAGGUAUGGUUAGCUUGCUUAAAGAUAUUCCUCUUCCACAUCUCAACACUUUUAAAAAAUUCCAAAUUUUUAAACUUGCUUCCGAGUUAACUGCACAUCAUUCUGAUUAUUUUGUUUUUAGUGAAAUAUGGAUGCAUUCUUGUCACUUUUAACAACUGCCAAUUUUUUGGACAUCCCUCCAUACUUAAUGCUUUCAGAGUAAAGUAAAAACAUUUUAUAUGCUAACAGAAUAUAUUUGUUACACAUUAAUUCUAGAAAUAUACACAAGAUUGACAAUUCCUGUUUAUUUUUUUAAGUCACAAGAAUUGAUUUUCAUUAUCUCCAAAGUGUUAAAAUCAUGUCUUACAUUUGCACUUAGUAAUUUUCAUAUUUAUUCCAAAAUGGCUUGAAUGUCCCUGAAUGAAAGUAAGUUAGGCAGAAUAAUGUAUAACAGUCAUAAAAUGUUAUGUUGUUUUAAAGAGCUUAGCUAAAGAAAUGUUUUUAAAUGUAUCCUAAUAAAUGUGUCAGAAUGCAUCUGUCAAGUGUUUUAGAGUGACCAGUAGUCUAAACUUUAUCCAGGAUUUUAAAUAAUUUGAAUGAGUUUAGAGACCUUUAUUGAAGAGAUGAUUUAUUUAAAAAUCCAAAGCAUCAACCAUAAAAAAGUUAUAAUAAACAUCU